AAAAUAUACUAAUUAUAAAAAAAUAAAAAGCCUCGGUUUUAUGAUCACACACCUCACAUAGAAGCUUCUUCAGACUUCACAGUCUUCACUAUAUAUCUUUUAACUAUUUUUCUCAAUCUCACCACUGAAAACAAACACAAGAAGCUCAAAAUCGAAUGGCGUCGAUCACCUGUUCCUCUGAUCAACGUCUUUCCACGAGCAAGAGGCGUUUAAAGCCGUUGACGUUAAAAGAUUACUUACUCGAUGAUCUCAGCUCUUGUUCAUCCAACGGCUUCAAAUCAUUCCCUCGUCGACAACCUCCUUCUUCAUCAUCCACCGUUCGUCGUCUCCUCGACGCUGAGAUCAAACGGUCAGGACUGAUCCAUCAUCGUCAAAACAAACCACGUCUCACUAGAAGAAGCCGCACGACUUGCGGAACGGCGAUCAGUCACGCCGUUCAUAAAGCUUCGACGGCGUUUAUCAACGCCGUGAAACUUAUACCGUUCCAUUCCGCCGUUACCUCACGGAAAGGAGAUCAGAAACAAGAAGGCGUUUUCUCUAGAAGCUUCUCUAAACGGCUCUUGAGCAAACGCUUCUGGAGAAAACCGGUAGGUCAUUCUCGCCGUGAAGUAACGGUCGAACUCGGAGACGGAGAGAUUCAAUGGUGGAUCUCCGCCGCGUUUUUCCCUGGGGAAGAGAGUUUAGAUCAACCGUCCGAUCUGGUUUCUCAAAUCUCCACCGUCCCCGGAGAGGCAGCUACAUUCUCAGCCUCUGAAGCUGCGGCGAUCAUCACCACAGAUAAACUUAUCUCCGGUAGUGACUCGUCAAGUUCCGGUAGCGAGUUUUUCACGAACUCGUCGUCGUCGGAGACUGUGCAGUCUUCUUCUUCAUCGGUCUCAUCCACUACGUCGAGCGGUGAAGCUGAAGAAGUGUCGACCGGAAACGACGCAGUGGUUGAGAGCGGAGAGAGUUUAAACGCACGUGACUGUGACGGAUCAUCUGUCAACGGCAACAGCAUGUGUAACAGAGAGGAAAGUGUGAAUGAAGAAAAGGAACAACUUAGUCCAGUAUCAAUCCUAGAGUGUCCUUUUCAAGACGAUGAAGAUGAUGACGAAGACGAUGCAAUCACUGAUCAUAUUUCCAACCAAAAUGAUACAUACGAAAAAAUUGGAAGAAAGAGUAGAAGGGUGAAUGGCUUUGUACGUAUUGAGCCACUAGACCUGGAGAAACGCAUAGAGAAGUAUGUAGAGACUGAAGAAGAUGGGUACUCAUAUCAGACGCAAGAAACAGAAGAGGACGAAUCAGAAAGCCGAGCAGACCGUUUGUUUGCUCUGGUGAAGUCAAGAAUCGGUGAAACAAACAAAAUAUUAGCUUCUAAUGUAGCGGAUAAUCUAUUGUUAGAUUAUCUACAAAAAGAUAAUAUUGGACCAAAAGAAGAGGCGUUAAUGGUGAAGAAAGUAGAAGAUUGGGUGAUGGAUAGACAAGAUGAGAUGUUCAUGAGUUGGGAAGUUAGAGAGAUGAGACAAGUUUAUUUGAAGGAAAUGAAAUGGGGUUGCAUUAAUGAAGACGAGAGAGAGUGUGUGAUUGAAGAUUUGGUGAAUGGAUUCUUCACUUUCUUGGUGGAUGAAUUCAUCUUUGACUUAGCUUGAUGAUAUUUAUAGUUUGGGGGGAGAGAAUUCAAGAUUUUGACAUUUUAUUGAAGAUUAGAUUUCAUAAAGUAUUAGAGGUAUGUUAUCUGGGAAUAAAACUAUAUGUAGUUUGACAUAAGGGGAAUGCUUAUGUAGAUCAUGUUCAUUUUUCCAAACUUUGAGUCUAGAGUGAGAGUUAGAGUUCAUAGUGACAUAGUCAUUAUGUGUUUGUUAUUUGUUUUACUAACUCUUAUUAUGGAUUCUGAG